UGCGCGCGCAGCGGCACCCGCGCGCUCCCGCUCCCGCUCUUUGGCAGUGUCGCGCGGACUGUCGGGAUCAUGUCCGCCAUGUUUUCACACCAGCCUAGAAAAAAAAACCCGUGAAAAAACACCAGAACUCGCUCAGAGAUGCCUUUAACCGCCGGAUUUCGAUUGGAGGGUCGUCAGUGAGCGCGGCCGCGGAGAGAACCGUCGGCUCGUGUGUGUAUUUGUACCGAAUGAUCCGUGUUUAGUGUGUUUGUGAUCGCUGAAAACAAUGAGUAAACUCUCGUUCCGCGCGCGAGCGCUAGACGCCGCCAAACCGCUGCCGAUCUACCGCAAUAAAGACCUUCCGGACCUCACCGACUGCGUCUCCAUCAACCGAGCGGUUCCGCAGAUGCCAACCGGAAUGGAAAAGGAAGAGGAGUCGGAGCACCAUCUCCAGAGGGCCAUCUCUGCCCAGCAGGUGUUCAGAGAGAAGAAGGAGAGUAUGGUCAUCCCUGUGCCAGAGGCUGAGAGUAACAUCACGUAUUAUGACCGCCUUUACAAAGGAGAGUUUCGCAUCCCCAAACAGCUCAUCCACAUCCAGCCUCUGGGUCUGGAUAACGAGCUGCCUGACUAUGAUAUGGACUCAGAGGAUGAGACUUUACUGAACAGACUCAACCGCAAAAUGGAGCUCAAACCUGUGCAGUUCGAGACCAUGAUGGAUCGGUUAGAGAAAGCAAGCACCAACCAGGUAAUAACAAGUCAGUGCUUCUUAUCUGGUUUUGCUGUAGGACAUAGAACAUUAAGUUGCGAGCCAGCAUGGUACCAGAAUUGUAUGAGAGUAACAAUCUCAUAAAGCCAACGGGAUGGCUCCACCAACAAUGAUGCUUACGUGGCCUUCAGGCGUCGCACAGAGAAGAUGCAGACUAGGAAGAAUCGCAAGAAUGACGAGGUGUCUUAUGAGAAGAUGCUAAAGCUGAGGAGAGAGUUCAGCCGAACCAUGAGCAUCCUGGAGAUGAUCAAGAAGAGAGAAAAGAGCAAACGAGAGCUGCUGCAUCUGACGCUGGAGGUGUUUGAGAAAAGGUAUCAAAUUGGAGACUUCUCAGGAGAGAUUCUGAAUGAGGUCACUGUACCUCUGGCAGAGAAAACCAUUUACCCUGCGCCCAUAUCCUUGCCCUUAAGUAGUCGGCACAAGGCAGAGAGCAAAAUAAAGUCACACAAAUCUGGGCCCAAACACCUCCACCCCUUCACAGUCAAGCCUGAGCCUCACUUUGACUUUGUGCGGUCCCAUAAAAAGUACAGCAGGAGGCCCAAACUUGAUACAUUUCUCCAGCCUGGUCGGCCAGAGCGACAGCAAACCAUCAACAAGGCAGACAUUAAACAAUAUGACUUUCACAGCUCUGGCGAAGAUGAUUACCCAUUGUCUCCAGCUUCAGAGCCAGAUGAAGAGAAUGAUCCUGAUGGAAUCUUUGCCUUCAGACGGAAAGCUGGCUGCAGUUACCAAGCUCCGCUGGUGGAUCAGAGCUGCUCUCUUCACUGGCAGCAGACGGGUCAGGACCGGCUGUGGCAGCGGAACUGUCUCACCGCUCUCUCUGUGCCCAGACGCUGCAUCGCAGUGGCUCGUGGGAGGGUGGGCAGAGGUGGCAGGGUUGUUUUGGAUCGCACCUCGUCAGAUCUGGACCGUGCCCUCAGGCAUCUGGACCCUGACAUGUUUUAUCCGUCUGCUGACUCUAUUGUGCCUGACCUCCCCGUCCACACAAACACAAACUCUCACAACUCCAGAUCAAGCCCUCAGCGCUCACUGACUCUGCUCCUGAGUGACAUCCAGGCCUGCAGGUGGAAGUUUUUCCGCCCUCGGCCGCUACAGGAGAACACAAGGGGUGAGGACAAGAAAGGGACUCCGCAGGUGGAAAAAGGUGGAGUGACGCCGCUCUCUAACAUUGUGUCAGGUGGAUUCACAGAAGAACAGUUUCACUCCCAUCAGCAGCAGCUGGUACAGAUGCACAAACAGUUACAGCAGCAAGAACUCCAGCAGAACUCGACAGCACCAGAACUGCACACACACCUGCCUAACACGGCGUCAUCUGACUGCAUGUCGAAGACUCUGGAUUCGGCUAGUGCACACUUUGCUGCCUCUGCUGUGGUCAACACUCCUAACAAUGAAAACAGGCCCCAGAUCGCUAGUGUCAAUGGCGUCCUUCCUAAUACAGGAAGCUUUAGACAAGCCAAAUUGAACCGUUCUGUACAGAGUGGAGGUGGUGAGUCAGGCUCUUUAGUCCGGAUGACGAAUGCAUCUCUGCCUCAUGGCCACGGGCACCUGAGCACCGUGAGCACUGUGUCACCUGCCCAUACGCACCACAGUGCACGCCUGUGCGCCCCUUCACCCUCAGCCUUAAAGUUGGCCAGUGUUGCUAACAGUCUGGACCGGGUACCCAAAGUCACCCCCACUAGUGCCAUCGACAUUGCCAGGGAGAAUCACGAACCAGAGAGACUGGCUCUCAACGGAUUGUCAGAGACCACAGUCGCCAUGGAGGUCACAUAGCCCAUCCAAAAACACAGAGACUGCAGCGCUGAGAGCUGUGCGCUUCUACACCGACUUAUACCCAAUAACAGCAUAUCAAAAUAUUAAGAAAUUUGUCAAUAUUAUAAGUGUACAUUUUGUAAAAUUGGGAAUUAUCACUACCUUGUAAAAUAGUAUAUUUGUAUCAUUUGUCUGUCUUUUCUGUUACAUGAAUCCUAGAUUGUUUUUUUGUUUUUGUCAUCAUGCUUUUGCACUUGAAAAUGCAAGCAAGACAAGUGCAUCAGUUCAUGUUGGGAUCAUGAGCAUGAAUAUAGGUCCUGCGUCACUUGUUUUAACUAUUUAUUUUGCAAUGUUUACAUUUUUGUAUCUCGUACAAAUAAAUCCGAUUUUGUGACCACAAAAUGCAGACAUAGCUAGUAUACCAUGCUUUGUGCUUGUUUCUUUAUAGGAAGAAGAAAGCUAAAUUUGGUUUCACAGAUAUGUACUUUCAAAAAGGGUGAUCUUCCCUCUCGAAAUGUCAACCAUUUUUAAUUGGUUUAUUUACUUGCCUUCCUCUCCUUGUCUUACCAAGAAUAGUAUGUUAAUUCUGGAGACCAAUGGGCUUCGUCAGAAUGUGCUUAUGAGAAGCUCCUCGAGAAAUCGAGCGGAAGAUCUUCAGUUUGUCAUUUACAUUCUGCUCUUCUGACGGAAGCCCUCGUGUCAUUUGUCUUUAGCCGUUGCUGGUUAACCAGUGUUGAAGGAGCUGUUCAGGGUUCUGACUGGUGUUGUAUUGAAAGUAAACUACAGGUCACAAAUGCUGUCAGCCAUCUUGUUUAUGAAUGCUGAAAUUUAUACAUCCUCAGUCCAGUGUCUUCAAAUAAAUUUCCCCUUUUCAAAUGGCCUUUUUAAUGAAAUGAGUGAAUCUACUACCACAGCUGCCAGUCAACAAUUACAUUUCAGUUAUGAUAACUCGGACAUGCGUGUUUUGUUUUUACGAUGUUUAGGGAAAAGUACAUAAGCCUAUAGGCAGGCCUUCUUCAUGAACUUAGCUUGACAGUCCAUAGGGUUUGCUAGUGUGGACGUGACGGAUCUUUAAAAGCUAUUUUAACAAUUCAAGGUGUGUUAUUAUUGUGGUCAGCUGGUGAGUGAGUGCUGCUUAGUAUGAUCAGUUUCUUGCGUUUUUGUUUCUUUUUAAAAAAAAUUGUUUUUAGGAUUUAAUAUGUAGUUUUAACAAUGCAAGAAUGGGCUUUAACCACCAGAGGGGGCAAAUGAGAUCUUCAAGCCGUAUUGCCAGGAGGAAGCUGCUAGUUUGGCAGGUUCCCCAGAAGUAUUGUGACCUGCUUCCUGCCGUUUUUUGCUCAUGAAAGUCUUUGAGCCAAUCACCUGAGCCCUACAUGCUAAAAAUCUGAACUCAACUGAAAAUGACUUUCUCUCUCAAUGCUGAGUGCCACACAGUCUCAGUAUUCACAUUUCAGGGGAAUAAAGCUACAAAGUGCUUACUUCUAGUUGUCUCUGCAUAUUAAGCUGGGAUAAGAUGAAAUAUUUUAACAUCGCCUUCAACUAAUCACCAAAAGCAGCGCUGGCAAAGUUAUGCCCUUACAGUCGCUCUUGAGAUGGAAAAACGUAAUUUCUUUAAAACAAAAUCCACCCCAAACAUUUGAUUAGUAGUGCAUACUGGCAACCCUAACAAAAUAACACAUGAACAUAGCAAAAGCAUUUUGUCUGAUUUUUCUGUUUAUUAAUUUUUUUCUUAAAUGGAGCUUGUGUCUAAAGACAGAAGAGUGUUUAGCUUAUAUACAAAUGAGCAAA